GUGGGAGUAAACUUUUGUUUCAUCAUUUCUGAAAACCAAGACUAGGAACAGAAAAGUGAAAAGCUUAGUCUCACGGCUGCAUCUUAUGACUGGAAUUUUUCUGGAAAGACAGAUCCUGUAUGAUCCAGGCUAGACUUGACCUCGUGACAAUUCUCCUGUCUCAGCUUCUCCAGUGAGUGCCACCACACCUGGCGAGAUUGUUGUCUUAUAAGUUUUGAAGCCAAUCCUCUCCAUGUGCCACUUUCUAAAAUAUUUCCAGGAGAAGACAGCAUGGGAACUACUUCCUCCACACCUAACCCCAGAACCAGGACAUCCUCCACGGCAGCCCCAGUGACCAGCUCUACACCCUAUUCCUUCAACCCUAAAAAGGAACACGUAAUCUUGGCCUUUUUUGCUGGGGUUCUUCUGACACUGCUCCUUGUGGCCCUUAUCCUCCUCAUCGUCAAGAGCUGCAGAAAAUGUUACUCUCAUGCCCAGACCCAGGACCCUCACUCAGAGCCUCCUACCAAGCUGUCGUCUAUAUCAAAGGAGUCACUCACGUAUGCCAGCAUGACUUUCAAGCCCUCAGAAAAAAACAGCAAUGACUUGACUAGAAACCACUCCUCAGGCUUGGACCCCACCGUCUAUUCUCAGAUUAAAGUGGCAGACCCAUACCUGCCUCUCCAAUGAGGCAGAAUGCAGGACCUCAGCUCAGCUCCUUCGGCAUGUUGCUUUCUGGUUAUGUUUUAUAUGUUUGCUUUUGUUGGUUUCAACAAACGGGACCACAGUCUAUGUAAAGCUGCAGUUGGGGUAGUUUAGGCUUGAUCUAGUGCAGUUGCCAUCAGUCAUAAGGACCAAUGGUUAGUGACAUUCGCCUCCAGGGGAAAGGUGGCUGGUGCUUUCACUCCUACUGGUGGUGGCAGUCCCUUUAGGGAUGAUGCCCCUAAGCCUUUCCAAAGGGGGACAGAGCUCAAGAUAAAGAAAUGUACUGCCGGGCGGUGGUGGCGCACGCCUUUAAUCCCAGCACUUGGGAGGCAGAGGCAGGCGGAUUUCUGAGUUCGAGAGUUCGAGGCUAGCCUGGUCUACAGAGUGAGUUCCAGGACAGCCAAGGCUAUACAGAGAAACCCUGUCUCGAAAAACCAAAAAAAAAAAAAAAAAGAAAUGUACUGACGAUAACCAGGGAGGAGCCAACCCUAAUGAACAGUUGAAGAUUUUCAAAUAAUGGCAGACCUUCCUCCAAGGAUGGCCCCUUCUUAGUUAUCACCCUGUCCCUUCAUCUUCUCCAGAAAUCAAGACCAGAAUUCUAAGCCAACACAGUCUGGAUUGUAUAAAACACUACUAAAAUGUGGGUUUCUAUCUCCUUUGUAUGGCAUUGGAGAUAUGUGUGACAACCGUGGUUGAGUGCCAAAAGUAGAAAUUAAACAUGUUCAUUUAUUCCCCAAAACAAAUGGACAAUCAUAUAGACUGCCCCAUAAAAAAAUCAGCAAGAUUCUUUUUAAUUAAGCAAGCUUACUCUAAAAUGUAAGACUAAGCAGGAAGAAAAUAUUUAUAAAAUAAACCUGAGUGUUGAUGAAGUAGAUAAGUACA